GCCGCCCCGUCGCCCCUGACGCGAGCCAAGCAGGCUGGGGCCGCGCUCCUGGCGGGCGCCGUGAUCGCCACCGGCCUGCCGGCCCACGCCGGCGUCGACCUGGCCCUGGGAGAGGAUGUCUUCAACGGGAACUGCGGUGGGUGUGGGCGCCAACCCUGGGCGUUAAUUUCCGAUUGA